CGGCGAGCUGUCUUUGUGGCGUCGUUAUAACCCGCGCGGCCGCCCCUCGCCCGCCAGUCGUCCGCGGGCGCAAUGGCCGCAUCCGGUCGCUCCGCCUCCGCCAGGGCGCUGCCUCUGCCACCGCUCGCGCCGCUGGUGCUGUUGGUGCUGUUGGCGGCGCUGGUGGCGGCGUCGACCGCCGGCGCCGGCGCGGCCGGGGAGGCGCGUGGCUGCGCGUGCGCCAACGGCACGCUCGACUGCGCCGGGCGCCAGCUGCGCUCCUUCGGCGACGCGCCCUUCCCCGAGGGCUGCGACGAGCAGAUCACCAAGGUGAACCUGCAGCGCAACAACCUGACAUCCCUGAGCGGCCGUCUCAACGCGUCGGUGCUGGAGGUGGUGCUGUCGCAGAACCAGCUGUCGCGCCUGCCGCCGGCGUCGCGCCUGAGCGCGGGGCUGCGGGCGCUCGACGUGUCGCGCAACCGCAUCGAGGGCGGCGGCGGCGGCGCGGACGCCAGCUGGGGCGAGGGCUGGGGCGAGGCCGGGGGCGAGGGCGGGGCGCUGCUCGGCAGCGACGGGGACGCCGACGACUGGGUGGAGGGCCGGCGCGGGGACGCUGGACCGGGAGGAGGGGCGGAGGGGAAGUGGCUGGAGUCGCUGGAGGAGCUGCGCGCGCAGGGCAACCUGCUGGCGUCGCUGGGCUUCGUGCCCGAGCCGUGCGCGCUGCGCGUGCUGGACGCGUCCGCCAACGCGCUGGAGCAGCUGGAGCUGGCGCUGGAGCCCCUGCAGCGCUGCUCCGCCCUGCGGCACCUCGACCUCUCGCGCAACGACCUCGCGCCGCUGCCCGACGCCGCCCUCCAGAACCUCACCGAACUGCGAGUUCUGGACCUGUCCUUCAACAGAAAAAUGGGCACGCUGACCAACCUGACGUUCGACGGCCUGAGCCAGCUGCGCAACCUGAGUCUGAACGCCAUCGACCUGAAGGAGCUGCCGCCGGGCAUGCUGGACGGCAUGCCCGAGCUGGAGCACCUGGACCUGCGGCGCAACCAGCUGUCGUCCAUCCCGAGCGCGCUGUUCGCGUGGACGCCCGCGCUGCGCGUGCUCAACCUGGGCAUGAACCGGCUGACGCGCGUGCCGGCGGACGCCAUCGCCAACUGCUCGGCGCUCGAGGUGCUGGACCUGGGCGGCAACCGCAUCGAGGCACUGCCCGACGGAUUGUGGUGGGGCUUCCCGCGCCUGCGCGAGCUGUCGCUGCACGAGAACCGGCUGAAGCGCGUGCGCGCGGCGGCGCUGGGCGGGCUGGCGGCGCUGCAGCGGCUGGACGUGUCGUUGAACCGCGGGCUGCAGCUGGCGGCCGGCGCGCUCUCCGAGCUGGCGGCGCUGCGCGUGCUGCGCGCCGCGCACUGCGGCCUGGAGGCGGCGCCGUGGGGCGAGCUGCGCCUGCUCACCAACCUCACCACGCUCGAGCUGAGCGGCAACCGGCUGGCUUGGUGGGGCGAGAUGGAGCGUGAUGAGCGUGGAAUGGGGCGUGAUGGGGGCGUGAUGGGGCCGUGA